AUGGCCGAUGCUUACGAGCCUUACCAUGUCCUUCAGCAAAGUCGGCGAGACAAACUACGGAUUCCUGCUCUCGAUUCCCCCUUUCACUUCCACCCUCCUCCUCCCUCUUCAUCCGGCGGAGGCGGCGGUGGAGUUUAUCCUCUCGCCGACUCCGAUUUCCUUGCCGCCGGUGGAUUUCACUCUAACAACAACAACAACCACAUAUCUAGCCCUAGCUACAAUAAUUUCAUGGGAUAUCUCGGUGGCCCGUCUUCCUCUUCAUCCCCCGCAGUCGCCGUCGUCGGCGAUCAUUCCUUUAACGCCGGGCUUUCUUCCGGAGACGUUCUCGUCUUCAAACCCGAGCCUUUAUCUCUAUCUUUGUCUUCUCAGUCUCACCCUAGACUCGCUUACGAUCUAGUCGUUCCCGGCGUUGUUAACUCUGGAUACUGCAGAUCCGCCGCAGAAGCCGCCGCCGGAGCCGUCACAGUUGCUUCUAGAAGCUCUGGUCCUCUCGGGCCGUUCACUGGCUACGCAUCGAUACUUAAAGGAUCGAGGUUCUUGAAACCAGCACAGAUGCUUCUUGAUGAGUUUUGUAAUGUGGGUCGUGGGAUUUACACCGACAAGGUCAUCGACGACGACGAUUCUUCUUUGCUUUUUGAUCCGACGGUUGAGAAUCUCUGCGACGUUUCUGACGGCUGCGGAGGAGAAAUUGGGAAGAAGAAAUCUAAACUCAUCUCCAUGCUUGACGAGGUUUACAAGAGGUAUAAGCAGUACUAUGAGCAGCUUCAAGCUGUGAUGGGCUCGUUCGAAUGCGUUGCGGGUCUCGGUCACGCAGCUCCUUACGCGACCUUAGCCUUAAAGACAUUGUCUAAGCAUUUCAAAUGUUUGAAGAAUGCUAUAACGGACCAGCUUCAGUUUAGCGCCAAUAACAAGAUCCAACAACAACAACAAUGUGGUCAUGUGAUGAACUCUGAGAAUAAGACCGAGUCCUUGAGGUUUGGAGGAAGUGAUAGUAGCAGAGGCUUGUGUUCUUCUGGUCAAAGACAUGGUUUUCCUGAUCACCAUGCUCCUGUCUGGAGACCGCACCGUGGCUUACCCGAACGUGCAGUCACCGUUCUAAGGGCUUGGCUCUUCGACCAUUUCUUGCAUCCUUAUCCAACUGAUACAGACAAACUCAUGUUGGCUAAACAGACAGGUCUCUCCAGAAAUCAGGUAUCCAACUGGUUUAUAAACGCACGUGUUAGGGUUUGGAAGCCGAUGGUGGAAGAGAUUCAUAUGCUGGAGACUCGACAAUCUCAGCGAUCUUCUUCUUCUUCUUGGAGAGACGAACGGAGCACCACCUCCGUCUUCCCUGACAACAGCAACAACAACAACAACCCUUCUUCCUCGGCGGCAAACCAAAGACCUAAUAACAACUCAUCUCCGGCUAGACGGGCUCGAAACGACGACGUUCACGCUACCAGCAACAACAAUAACAGCUUUGUGAACGGUGGAAGCGGUGGAGGCCCAGUUAGCUUCUCUUACGGUAUUGGGUCGUCGAAUGUCCCGGUGAUGAGCAGCAGCACGGGAGUUUCGUUGACGUUAGGGCUUCAUCAUCAGAUUGGGUUGCCGGAGCCUUUUCCGAUGACGACUGCUCAGAGGUUUGGACUUGACGGUGGUAGUAGUGGUGGAGGCGGUGGAGGGGAGUCUUACGGUGGUGCUGGUGGUGGGUAUGAAGGGCAAAAUCGUCAGUUUGGGAGAGAUUUUAUUGGUGGUACUGAUCAUCAGUUUCUACAUGAUUGGAUGAGAUGA